CAGAGUCCUGAGCGAGAAGAGAAGACCCCAGCCGGGAGGAUACAGCCUGUUCACACCGAGGGCGAGGAGCGGUAUUAUCUACUGCUCUGUGUAUAGGAGAGGUCCGUGCCCUGAUGUCUGUGUAUUAGGAGGAGGAGAGGACGUUGUGACAGUUGUCGGGGACAUGGCGGAGCUCAGUGAUGACGCCAGCGAGACGGAAAUGCUGAGCUGCAGUCUGUCCAUGUGGUAUGGCGAACCAUCGGGUGGCCAGGAGUUGUCGUUGGACCUUCACACAGCGGCCUCUAUUGGUCAAUGUGAGGUAGUGCAGAGCUGUGUGCGCAGGAGGGAUGUGGAUCUGAAUCAGCCCAACCUAGGAGGAUGGACGGCGCUCAUGUACGCCUCGUACAUCGGCCAUGAUGCUGUGGUCAGCCUGCUGCUGGAGGCGGGGGUGGAUGUGAAUUGCAGAACGCCCAGCGGGCAGACCCCUCUUAUGCUGGCAGCCAGCUGUGGGAAUGAAAGUGCAGCUUACUUCUUGAUCAAGCAAGGAGCUGAGAUUGAGGCAAGAGAUGCCCGUAGCUGGACCGCCUUAUUCCACUGCACCAGCGCCGGGCAUCAGCGGAUGCUGCGAUUCCUGCUGGAAAAUGGAGCCAAUGCAGAUGCAAAGGAACCGGUUUAUGGUUUCACUCCCCUGAUGGAGGCAGCAGCAUCUGGACAUGAGAUCAUAGUGCAGCAUUUACUGAAUCAUGGGGUUAAACUUACUGAGACAGACCACAAUGGAGAUACCGCCCGCAUGUUAGCAGCCAGAUAUGGCCAUUCUAGGAUAGUGUCGCUGUUGGACUCCCAUCGUGCCAAGGGGGGUCGGACUCACAGCAGAGGAUCAGCACGUCAUGAAGAUCUCAGCUCAUCUGACGAGUCCUCCUCAGCUCCCCACCGACCACGGCACCAGCGUAAACCUAAAGGGCCCAGUAUUCAUGAUGGUCCCCAAGCCCUGGCCAAGAUAACGGGUGGUGGGCCCAGCUAUGGCGGUCAGCUCCCCCCUCAGGGUUACGUUACCUUCAAUGAUGUGGACUAUGAGACUGGAGGUUCAGAAGAUCUAAGAUAUCGUGAUGUCACCUCACCGAUCAAUGAGCGCGAUGUGGAGAGUAAUGGCAGCAGUAAAGUGGAGGGGUACACAGGUAGACAGCGGAGCAGCAGCAGUGAGGGGAUCUGUAUCAACACCGGCAUGAGCAGCGAGGCUUCCCUGGAGAGCAACGAGGACUCGGAUCCAGCGUUAGAAACCGCCAACAGGAAACACAACAAAUCAUUUGGCAAAGGGAGGCAGCGCAAUGGUGACGCCCAUACCGGCCCUGGACCCUCACACUGCAGGACGUCCAACACACUGGCAGAACCAAACAUCCCACCGUAUAACGGGCCCAAGGACCUGGCAGAGCUUCUAGAGCAAAUCGGAUGCUCCAAGUACCUGUCCGUCUUCCAGGAGCAGGACGUCAAUCUCCGAAUCUUCCUUACCCUUACUGAGAUCGACCUGCGGGAAGUGGGCAUCACCUUAUUUGGACCAAAGCGAAAAAUGACCUCCGCCAUUGCCCGCUGGCAUAGUUCUGCCCGCCCUCCAGGAGAUGCGCUAGAACAGGCCUACGCCGAUCGCCUGGAAGCCGAGAUGCAGGAACUGGCCAUACAGCUUCAUAAGAAGUGCGAGGAGACGGACACCUUGAAAGGACAGGUGGACCAGGAGAGAGAGCUCCGAGCUGUAGCCGAGGGCUGCCUCAUGGAGCAGGAAACUAAAUGGAGGGCCUUUUGCGGCCAGCUGGAAGCCACUAGCAACCUGGCUGCUGAUGCACAGCGGGCACUCGCCCAACUCAGGAGCUGCCAGGAAGAGCUGUCGCUCCGGCUGGGCAAAGUUAACGCUGCCAGGACACAGACACCUGCCAGUAGGCCUGCAGCUCCUCAAGGAAGUAAUGCCGCCCCACUGAAGUCUCAGAGCGUGCAGGAGCUUUCAACAUCUCUGGAGGAAAGCUCAGUGGUGUUAGAGAAGGCAGUGAGAGCGCUGCAGGAUAACCUGGAGAAGAUGAGAACUUCAGACAAGGGGAGACAUAAAUGGCCUGAUCCUUGAGGAACCAGGAGACGCUUUGACCAUACCUCAGACGGUGGGUGAAACUUUCCACCCCGAAGAUGUUCCGAUCCUAGAUGGCGCUGCCCCCUGCCCUUCUCUGCUCGGAUGACCACACAGAAGGGUCUUUCCGUGCCCUCUCUGGGCUGAUGGUGUCGGAGGCAGACUGCAAUACCUAGUGAUAUUCUACUGAUCCCUUUUUGCAGAAGGUGCGAGAGGGAAGGUGAAACUUUGAUGCAUCCUUGAUGAAGAAGCCGUUGCGAAGCCUUUUAUUUUAUUGGAGGGGUUGAACUGAUCAUGGUUUAGACGCCCAUCAAUGAUUCUUAUUUUAACAGAAGGAUGUAAUAGGUCGGCUGGAACGAUGGCGCUCAGCUGAACGUUUAUGUACUCUCAAUAAAACUAUGAAAUAUG